UGCAUAUGAACCGAUAAACAAAACAAAAAUUCUGGAAAUUGUUCAAAAACUUAUUAAAAACAACAAACAUAGUGCAGUAACCCAGAUCAGGGACUGCCAAAAUGGUUUAUAUACACUUUCCCACUAAUCUAACUGAGGAGGAGCAGAUGCUUCAGGCUAAAUAUCAGAAGCUCAAGAAGAAGAAAAAGGCACUGCAGGCCCAUAAGGCACCCAAGCCGGAGCCGGAGAGCUCGAUGACACUUAAACGUCCCACGGAUGCGCGCGAUGCACGCGAGGUGGCCCGCAAGCUGAUCAAGAGCGGUGCCAUACCUGCCAUACAAAAGCAGCAAACAAAGCAGGAUCAGACCUCGUUCAAGCGGCCAAAAGGUCAGGAACGUGCCAAGCGCUCCACAUCGGAGACUACUGUGGCCUCCUACCAGCCCUUCUCGUCGACUCAAAACGAUGUGGCCCAGGAGACCAUCAUCAGUGAGAUAAUCAAGGAGGAGCCACGCCGCCAGAACUUGUAUCAGCAUUUUGCCACUGAGCGUGACCGCGAAGAACGCGACAUGGCCGAGAAGGCGGCGGCUAUUGAUACGCCACCGCCGGAGAAGCCACGCGCUGGCAAUACCAUUUUUGUGUCGGGCAACAAAGUCACAGAAGAUUUCCUAAAGAAAACCUUUAACGAUUAUGGCACAAUUGUGAAUGUAUCAAUGGAGAUUGAAAAGAGCCGCGGCUUUGUGUCCUUUGCCAAGCCAGAGUCAGCAGAUCGCGCCAUUGCUGAAAUGCAUGGCAAGAAUGUGACAGGCAUUGUGCUGCAGGUUCAGUUGGCUCGACGCCAGCCGCAGAUCGAACCCAUUAACGAUGCCUCCUCAUCCGCCGUCUGGUCAUCAAUCGCUGCCAGCAAAUCGCAAAAGGGAAGCCACAAAGACCAUCGUGAAAUGGUUAAAUACAACGAUGAUUUCUUGCUCUAAGUGUCGGUAUAAUCUACUAUCUUUAUUCCAUGAAAUAACCAAAACAUAAGCUUUCAUUUAUUUGUAUAUCAUUUUGCUUUAUUGAAAAUACGCUUCUAUAUAUUUAUAUAUAUUUUGCUCUCGGCUCUCCUCUGCUAAGUAUUCGCAUUUCAAAUUAUAACUUUUAAGUGAAUUCAAUGAAAAAGAGUUUUUGUUUUGUUUAUAUAUUAAUUGCUACGCUUUGGUCUAGAUUUAACAACAAUUUGUCCAACAAUUGAAUCUCUUUUCGCGUUCCCCCUCGCUGGUAGAAAAUAAAUAUGUUUAUUUGAUUA